AUGAAGAGCGUCAUCUUCGGGGCCACUUCGUCACCAUGCACGGCGAUAUACGUGAAGAACAAGAACGCCGAACUACAUAAAGAAGAGUUCCCGGAGGCGGCUGCAGCGGUGGUUGUCAAUCACUAUGUUGACGACUACCUCGCUAGCUUCGACACUGAAGAGCAAGCCGUACGAGUCUCAAGCGAGGUCGCCUACAUCCACAGCCGGGCGAACUACUAUCUUCAGCGCUGGGCAUCGAACUCGCGCCAUGUACGAGAAGAGUUCUCACAUAGAAAUGAAGAGAACAUGGUGCAACUCGACGCUGAGAAGAUACUGGGAAUGGUGUGGCGGCCUGAGGAAGACAGUCUCGGGUUCAACUUCAACGGGAACAAACUUCCGUUACACAUCAUACGAGGCGAACGCACCCCAACGAAGAGAGAAGCCCUCCGCGCCGUUAUGUCGCUGUUCGACCCAUUGGGCCUGGCCACACCCGUCACAAUACAAGCCAAGAAGAUAUUACAAGAAACGUGGCGCACGGGUAUCGGCUGGGACACCGAACUGCAAGAACGGGAAGCAGCAGCGUGGCGGAGCUGGAUAUCGCACGCACAGCAGUUACCCCACUUGGUAAUACCACGGUGUUACCCCGGUGUGGCGACGGCACAUACGACGGAGCUUCACACAUUCGUCGACGCGAGCUCAGAUGCAUACGCCUGUGUCGUAUACUGGCGGGCCGUAUGCGUGACCGGCGAGGUGCGUGUGUCACUCAUCGCAGCCAAGGGAAGAGUGGCCCCUUUGAACAAGGUCACCACUAUACCACGUCUGGAGCUGCAAGCGGCCGUACUAGGGAGCCGCCUGUCACGCACGGCUGUCGAAGAACACGAUCUGAAACCUGCCCGUCGUGUCUACUGGUCGGAUUCGCGUACCGUACUGUCUUGGUUACGCACCGGGCCGCGUGCAUUCAAGCCCUUCGUCGCUCACCGAGUCGCUGAAAUUAUGGAAGAUACGAAAACGAACGAGUGGAGAUGGGUGCCGACGGCCGACAACGUCGCGGAUGAUGCCACACGCGACGUACCACACCACUUCACUUCAACACACAGAUGGUUCCGGGGGCCGCAGUUUCUAUAUCGACCAGAAGAAGAGUGGUCUCAUGAAGACGAUUCCCACCAGACGGAAAAUACAAGCGAAGAGCGCGCCCACACAAUACAGCUACAACACCGGCGGGAGCCCCGAGCUACACACGGAGUCAUCAAGUUAGAAGACUUGGUGCUGGUGGCGGACGGCAACCUGCCUCGGAACUCCUGGCCGCGCGGCGUGGUGGUGGCUACGUAUCCGGGACCGGAUGGUGAAAUACGGGCGGUCGACGUACGCACUAACAAGGGGAUACUUCGGCGGCCUACGAAGAAAUUAGUAAUCCUGCCAAUCGAACAACGCGAACUCGAAUUAAAUACAGCUUAG